CUCUGCAACCUUAUAUAAACUUUUUCAUUUUGAGGGAAGGGAUAGUAAAAGAGCGAGAAACGAAAACCCAUCUUCAUUACAGAGUUGCUGGAAAUCUUGCUCUUCCUUUCCAUCAUGAAUUCAGCUGUUAUGGCUUCCACUUCUACACCUUUUAUUAACAACAGGAAGCUCCUUUCUUCAUCCUCUUCUGCUGCUUCUCUCUCUGGAUUCCUCCCUGAUUCGAUCCAUGUCAACAAGAAAGAGUACCGGCCUUCUAUUCGUGCUGUCAUGGCUCCACCUCAGCCACAACGACCACCAUCCACCACUGGUUUGGUGAAGCAGGCCAUGACUAUGACGGAGAAGAUACUGGCAAGGGCUUCAGAGAGGUCAAAUUUGGAUACUGGUGAAAAUGUAUGGGUGAAUGUUGAUAUUCUGAUGACCCAUGAUGUGUGCGGGCCUGGGACUAUUGGUAUUUUCAAGAGAGAAUUUGGUGAGAAUGCAAAGGUUUGGGAUCGUGAGAAGAUUGUAAUUAUACCGGAUCACUAUAUCUUUACAAAUGAUGAACUUGCCAACCGAAAUGUGGAUAUCUUGAGGGACUUCUCAGUGGAGCAGAAUAUUAAAUACUUCUAUGAUAUAAAUGAUCGCAGUAACUUUAGGGCAAACCCAGAUUAUAAAGGUGUAUGCCAUAUUGCUCUUGCUCAAGAGGGACACUGUAGGCCUGGUGAGGUCCUGCUUGGAACAGAUUCACAUACAUGUAAUGCUGGAGCAUUUGGGCAGUUUGCUACAGGUAUUGGAAACACUGAUGCUGGUUUUGUAAUGGGAACUGGGAAAGUUCUGCUUAAGGUGCCACCAACUCUGAGGUUUGUCAUGGAUGGUGAAAUGCCUGACUACCUUCUUGCCAAGGAUUUAAUUCUUCAAAUCAUUGGUGAAAUUACUGUGGCUGGUGCAACAUAUAAAUCCAUGGAGUUCACUGGUUCUACUGUUGAAAGUUUGAGCAUGGAAGAGCGGAUGACAUUGUGCAAUAUGGUCAUUGAAGCUGGUGGAAAGAAUGGUGUUGUUCCUGCUGAUCAAACUACAUUCAAUUAUCUUGAAGGGAAAACAUCUGCUAAAUUUGAACCUGUUUACAGUGAUGAAAAAGCCAAGUUUCUACAUGAGUACAAAUUCGAUACCUCCAAAUUGGAACCUGUUGUUGCUAAGCCCCAUUCUCCCGACAACCGUGCUCUAGCAAGGGAGUGCAAGGAUGUGAAAAUAGACAGGGUUUAUAUAGGCUCCUGCACAGGUGGAAAGACUGAAGAUUUCCUGGCUGCAGCUAAGAUUUUCUUAGCUUCGGGAAAAAAGGUCAAAGUGCCAACUUUUCUUGUUCCUGCUACUCAAAAGGUUUGGAUGGAUUUAUAUGGCCUUCCUGUUCCCGGGUCGGGUGGCAAGACUUGUUCUCAGAUAUUUGAAGAAGCUGGGUGUGACACUCCAGCCAGUCCUAAUUGUGGCGCAUGUUUAGGUGGCCCUCGAGAUACCUAUGCUCGCAUGAAUGAAGCCAAGGUGUGCGUGUCUACAACGAACCGAAACUUCCCUGGAAGGAUGGGGAACAAAGAAGCCCAAAUUUAUCUGGCCUCACCUUUCACGGCAGCAGCAUCAGCUCUUACUGGUUAUGUCACUGACCCAAGGGAGUUUUUACGAUAAAGCACUGCAAUCUCUAUCCAUGGGCCAUGAUCUUCAAUACCCAAAUCGUUUUUUGAUUGGUGGAGGGGACAGCACGUUCUUUCCACUAAUCAUUGUGUAUGUAAUUUUGAUGGAGUUUUUUGGUUGGGGCACAAUUAUUUAAGAGAGAGAAUUUAGUCAUAGUAUCAGGUUUGUGGUCGAAUAUGAGUUUGAGAUAUUCUGUAUUUUCACUUCUUCAUUCUUGGUCCAUUAUGUUUGUGUUUCUCCUUUUUAUUACUAUUUAAAAUAAAAGAAUAUGUAUGAUUUUGCGGGCAG